GGUGUGCGGGCGCCUCUGCCCGAACAAUUUGCAAAUUGCCCUUAUUAAUUGUUGUACCACUGCAGAUGGGUUCAAAGGUGAACAGUUGUGUUGCGGGAAGCUCUUUUAAUAUUUUCCAGGCUAGCAACAAUUUUUAAAGCGCCAAUUUUGAGAAAUACAGAUGGAUCUAUGGUGAAAAGUUAACAAAAAGAUGAUAGAUCACGGCCAAAAAAUUCCAAAAACUGUCAAAACAUGCUUUUCCCGAUUUAUCAGAUUUUUCUGGCCAUCUGGAACCGGGAACAAUCGUUGAAAAAUAGUGAUCUAUCAAAUUAUGGGUUUUUGGCAUGGCUCGAUCAGGCCCUUUUCGCUCCCAAAUUUGGUUUUGGAAUUUUUUAAUCACACAUACAGCCCGUCCACUUGUUUUGCACGGUUCAUCAGAGCAAAAAGCAGCUUAUUUCCGAAAAUUGCAAUAUUUUGCUCAUGCUGCCGCGCAAACUCCAUGAGAAGCAUAGGGUGUGCGGGCGCCUCUGCCCGAACAAUUUGCAAAUUGCCGUUAUUAAUUGUUGUACCACUGCAGAUGGGUUCAAAGGUGAACAGUUGUGUUGCGGGAAGCUCUUUUAAUAUUUUCCAGGCUAGCAACAAUUUUUAAAGCGCCAAUUUUGAGAAAUACAGAUGGAUCUAUGGUGAAAAGUUAACAAAAAGAUGAUAGAUCACGGCCAAAAAAUUCCAAAAACUGUCAAAACAUGCUUUUCCCGAUUUAUCAGAUUUUUCUGGCCAUCUGGAACCGGGAACAAUCGUUGAAAAAUAGUGAUCUAUCAAAUUAUGGGUUUUUGGCAUGGCUCGAUCAGGCCCUUUUCGCUCCCAAAUUUGGUUUUGGAAUUUUUUAAUCACACAUACAGCCCGUCCACUUGUUUUGCACGGUUCAUCAGAGCAAAAAGCAGCUUAUUUCCGAAAAUUGCAAUAUUUUGCUCAUGCUGCCGCGCAAACUCCAUGAGAAGCAUAGGGUGUGCGGGCGCCUCUGCCCGAACAAUUUGCAAAUUGCCGUUAUUAAUUGUUGUACCACUGCAGAUGGGUUCAAAGGUGAACAGUUGUGUUGCGGGAAGCUCUUUUAAUAUUUUCCAGGCUAGCAACAAUUUUUAAAGCGCCAAUUUUGAGAAAUACAGAUGGAUCUAUGGUGAAAAGUUAACAAAAAGAUGAUAGAUCACGGCCAAAAAAUUCCAAAAACUGUCAAAACAUGCUUUUCCCGAUUUAUCAGAUUUUUCUGGCCAUCUGGAACCGGGAACAAUCGUUGAAAAAUAGUGAUCUAUCAAAUUAUGGGUUUUUGGCAUGGCUCGAUCAGGCCCUUUUCGCUCCCAAAUUUGGUUUUGGAAUUUUUUAAUCACACAUACAGCCCGUCCACUUGUUUUGCACGGUUCAUCAGAGCAAAAAGCAGCUUAUUUCCGAAAAUUGCAAUAUUUUGCUCAUGCUGCCGCGCAAACUCCAUGAGAAGCAUAGGGUGUGCGGGCGCCUCUGCCCGAACAAUUUGCAAAUUGCCCUUAUUAAUUGUUGUACCACUGCAGAUGGGUUCAAAGGUGAACAGUUGUGUUGCGGGAAGCUCUUUUAAUAUUUUCCAGGCUAGCAACAAUUUUUAAAGCGCCAAUUUUGAGAAAUACAGAUGGAUCUAUGGUGAAAAGUUAACAAAAAGAUGAUAGAUCACGGCCAAAAAAUUCCAAAAACUGUCAAAACAUGCUUUUCCCGAUUUAUCAGAUUUUUCUGGCCAUCUGGAACCGGGAACAAUCGUUGAAAAAUAGUGAUCUAUCAAAUUAUGGGUUUUUGGCAUGGCUCGAUCAGGCCCUUUUCGCUCCCAAAUUUGGUUUUGGAAUUUUUUAAUCACACAUACAGCCCGUCCACUUGUUUUGCACGGUUCAUCAGAGCAAAAAGCAGCUUAUUUCCGAAAAUUGCAAUAUUUUGCUCAUGCUGCCGCGCAAACUCCAUGAGAAGCAUAGGGUGUGCGGGCGCCUCUGCCCGAACAAUUUGCAAAUUGCCGUUAUUAAUUGUUGUACCACUGCAGAUGGGUUCAAAGGUGAACAGUUGUGUUGCGGGAAGCUCUUUUAAUAUUUUCCAGGCUAGCAACAAUUUUUAAAGCGCCAAUUUUGAGAAAUACAGAUGGAUCUAUGGUGAAAAGUUAACAAAAAGAUGAUAGAUCACGGCCAAAAAAUUCCAAAAACUGUCAAAACAUGCUUUUCCCGAUUUAUCAGAUUUUUCUGGCCAUCUGGAACCGGGAACAAUCGUUGAAAAAUAGUGAUCUAUCAAAUUAUGGGUUUUUGGCAUGGCUCGAUCAGGCCCUUUUCGCUCCCAAAUUUGGUUUUGGAAUUUUUUAAUCACACAUACAGCCCGUCCACUUGUUUUGCACGGUUCAUCAGAGCAAAAAGCAGCUUAUUUCCGAAAAUUGCAAUAUUUUGCUCAUGCUGCCGCGCAAACUCCAUGAGAAGCAUAGGGUGUGCGGGCGCCUCUGCCCGAACAAUUUGCAAAUUGCCGUUAUUAAUUGUUGUACCACUGCAGAUGGGUUCAAAGGUGAACAGUUGUGUUGCGGGAAGCUCUUUUAAUAUUUUCCAGGCUAGCAACAAUUUUUAAAGCGCCAAUUUUGAGAAAUACAGAUGGAUCUAUGGUGAAAAGUUAACAAAAAGAUGAUAGAUCACGGCCAAAAAAUUCCAAAAACUGUCAAAACAUGCUUUUCCCGAUUUAUCAGAUUUUUCUAGCAAUCUGGAACCGCAAACAAUUACUGAAAAAGAUGGAUCUAUCGCUGCACAAACUUAUUUCAUUUAGAUCUGUUUAUUCCAUUUUUCUUUCCCGCCCCUGCACAUUUCGCGCCAAUUUUCAAAUCCUAUUUCCUACCGCGCCGCUCUUUAGCCAAUAACAUCACACUUUCGAUUUCAAAGCAUCACACUUUCAAUUUCAAUGCAUCACAAGCGACACCGCCUCCUUGCUCACUCUCACUUUCAUCAGCUGAUUGUUAUUGUGCAUCGCGUGCUUCACACAUUGAACGUAAUUUCGGUAAUUUCCCUCAAGCCUGCAGGACACACACACAAAAUGGAUAGGCAUUGGGAAAGGGCACACGACUUCCCCAAUUCACGCGCAUUCAACUGGUCAGAUUGCCUCGGUUUUGCUGGAAAUGACCUGGAAGAACGUAACAAGAUUGACAGACGCAGGCAAGCGAACGAGCGCCUACCUGGUUUCGACAGGACAAGAGUUGGCAGCUUGAACACGGUUUGGAAGGGCACAUACAAUGACUUCAUGAUUGGCCAACCAAUGCCGGACUAUCAGGAGUCGUACCCAAACGUCAAAGACAGGAUGCGCGAACGGCAGCAACAGUAUAUUGACUGGACACGUGCUCGACUCAACCCAAAUGUAGACGUGCCAAUAUUGAAGAUGCAAAGACGAAGUCCUGAGUUGCCAAAGCUGGAAUUCCAUCAUCAGCCAUGGCUUGAGCUGUCCGCAAAAUCGGUGGCAAAAAAAGACCAACUUGCUGCACUGGACUAUCUCAGGUCCUCGCAUCCCCAGGUCAACAGAGAGCUUGACGAGCACAACGCUCUACAGAGAUGCCUUGCAGUGCCGCUCUUGGAGUAUAAGUGGCUACAGACCGCACUCGACGCAGUGUCAGGCGAAUGCACUCUUUUACGGGAUGACGAAGACCUUUGGUUUGCUCACCUCAACAUCGACUUGGAUGCAGCAGUCUACCAAUGCCUGCAGGAGGCAGUGGGAGUCUGGGCACACUUCUCUUUGCCAGGACGUGGCAAAAAUUCAUACAAAGACAAACUGCUCGUCAAGGCCCUAAGCAGCACUAGUCCGUCUCUGCAGUUGAAGAUUGGCUUCAACAACGCCACCAUUGACGAGUCGUGGCUCAUCCGUAUGACCCGGGGUGUCCAGCUGAAGUGCCAGAUUCGAUUCACCAGCGCCACAAUCGUCUACCAGAUACCUUAUGCAGCCACAUUAGACGCACUGACAGCCUUGCGUCACCUGUUCUUCCCAGGAAGGGGUCCACCAGAAGCACAACUGGGAUCGCCGCUGGUACCGCAAGAGAUUAUUGACGGGUUGCGCAACGGACAACAGCUGAUAGGAGGCCCACUCAAUGAUGAGCAGCUGGAAGCCGUCUGCAACAUCCUGACCCACAGCCGCCUUCACCACGUUUACACUUUGGUGGGACCGCCCGGAACAGGGAAGACGAGGGUUCUCGACGAGGUGCUGCUCCAAAUUUACAAACACCACAUGGAGGACAACCCAGCAGAUGCCCUCGUCCACCUAGUAGUAAAUAGCAACAAGGGUAUUGGCGCGACAGUCAGGAGACUCCUGCGUAGAGACGUCAACCGGGCCGCCAUCGUGAGACUGACUUCAGAGAGGGAACUGGCGAACUGCCCAGAAGAGACCAUGGACCUGACCCAGCGAGCAUCAAAGGUUCAGUACAAGAGGGAACACCAGCUCGUAAUUGGCACCCCAAUCUCUAUUGCGCGGAUCAGCUUAUCAGAAGGUGCCAACAACCGCCCGCCACUCAUCACAUUGCUCGACGAGGCAGGUUCCUUUUCCUUCCCUGACAUCGCAGGAGCCCUUACGAUGAACGGCCAGGCAGUCGCAACAGUCGCAGCAGGAGAUCCACUUCAACUCACCCCCAGAAGCAUGAGUCCCAUCAACGCAGCCCUGGAUGGUGGGAAAACCAUCUUCCACCUCCUUCCCCAUACUGGAGAUUGGAUUGGCCCAAACUACAUCCCCCACCCAGGCUGCGGAACAUACCUGACGAAGAAUUACCGUUCCCACUACAAGAUCGUGGAAGCAAUCUCCUCUAUUUUCUACGGUGGCAAAAUGACGGCAGCCCAGCCCACAACACCAAGUGACGAUCGCUGCAAACUGCGCGAAGCACUACAGCCGUUCGGCCUGGGGGACACGGCCGAGGCCUUGUACUGGCUGGACUUCCACAGUCCAGCUGAGAGGGGUCUAUAUGACCCCUCUCUGUACAACCCUGGCGAAGCUCGUCUUGUUGCCACCAUUGCUUCGCAGGUCUCGUCACGGGUUGGUGCCAACAGAGUGUGCGUCUUGACACCAUACAGACGUCAGAUGGAGGAUAUUGCCAAACUGGUGCCUCAAAAGAUCCCCGUCCAGACAAUUGACGACAUCCUCGGACUUGAGCGGGACAUUGUUGUGAUCUCCCUUGUGCGGGCUGAGAAAGGAGGGGUGUGCUCAAGGAAAGCUGAAGCUGCGGUGAUCAAGAGGGAGUUGGCACACGACGAGCAUUUGCAGCCCGAAGCCCCAUCCUUCCUUGGCUUUAUGUCUCACCCCAACCGUGCCAAUGUGAUGCUAAGCCGAGGUAAAGAGGUUGUCCUGAUUGUUGGUUCCAAGGAGCACUACCUUCGAUCGAACGCAGACCACUGGCGCCAAAUUGCAGACAGAUGUGUGAGCCUGCAAGUGGCAAACUUUGAGUGUUGAUUAUGCUUUCUGUGAUUAAUUGUGUGCCAGCUUGCGAGUGCCAUGUAUUAGUAAUAUUUAUAUUCAUAACUGUG